CUCCCCUACCAAUGGCGACAGUGCUGCGUGACUCUUAGGGAGAGGACAAGUUGCUUCACUACACUUCUCCUUUUUCUGUGUCACACAGCAGCAGCCAUUGCGUAGUCUUUUUUUUUCCUCCCAGUUUUGUUUCUUUGCCUCCAGAAAGGUGUGGGGGCUGGCGAGUGGUCCACACCUUCAGACACACUUUGGAUUAUUCUCCAUUUUGCCUUUGGUGUGCAUUUUACUGUUGAUUUCCAUUGGUUGUCGACACCUACCCUUUACUCGCUCGCUACUAUGGACCGUGUCACCCGAAUCCCGUGUCUUUGAGGUGUAGAUGCUCCAGGUGCAGCAGGACCCAGCCUCUGCGUCAGAGAGGGACCCAGCUGGGCUACAGCGCGCCUCUACAACUCAGCUUUGUGGCCACUCUCUCCGAGGCAUCCCGCUCUGCAAGAAGGCCGCGGAGAUCUGAGACGCCUGGGACGACAUUUUGCAAAGCUAAGCCAAGUUACAGCCACUGUUGGCGGCUCCCGUCUGUGCAGACAAGCCAGAGUCAUAACUGGGAUAUUUAUUAGUCUGCCCUGUGCCCCCUGAACCCCACCGCCAUGACGACUGCCGUUCAGCCCAGUGAACUGAUGUUUGAAUUUGCCAGCAAUGGAAUGGACGAAAUCAAUCAGCUGGAUGACCCGUCCGUGUUCCCAGCGGUCAUCGUUGAGCAAGUACCUGCGGCCGAUCUGAUGCAGGUCUAUUCAGGCCUGGAGUCCGACGAGGUAACCAAUGGCAUCAUGGUGGACAGCACUCUGGAUGUGGUGGAGGAGCCGUCCAUCUUGGUGGGAGGUGUGGAUCUCACAGAAACCACAGUCUCGGGCACAGAGGACAGCAUAGAGACAAAUGAAGCUGCUGCGGCUCUUCUUAACAUGGAGUCUCCAAACAACAUUCUGGAUGAGAAACGUAUGAGUAAGUUAUUUUUCUUGUUGCACCAUUAUGGCGCUCUGCUGGAAUCUGACUUGACCUACACCCCAUUGAGGCCUGACCACAUAGAGAAAAGCGGCCUCGACAUGUCCCUCGAUGAGGAUACCUCAUCCAUGGAUGAGAUUUCCCAAAAGUGUCCCCUCAAACCCCAGAAAAAAAAACAAAGGUAAAACUUUUUGCGAAAGCCUCGAGCGGUGCGUCCCUGCUCCCCCAUCACCACCCCUAACCUGCCACUCAAGAAGAAGAGCAAGGAGGGCAAAGGCAACACCAUCUACCUUUGGGAAUUCCUUCUGGCUUUACUGCAGGAUAAAAACACCUGUCCCAAAUACAUAAAAUGGACACAGCGGGAAAAAGGCAUCUUUAAACUGGUCGAUUCCAAGGCCGUUUCAAAGCUGUGGGGCAAACACAAGAACAAGCCAGACAUGAAUUACGAGACUAUGGGAAGAGCUCUCAGGUACUACUACCAGAGAGGCAUUCUAGCUAAAGUGGAGGGUCAGCGGCUGGUCUACCAGUUCAAGGAGAUGCCGGCUGACCUUGUGGUGAUUGAGGAUGAAGACGCGGGAUCUGAUGCUAAUAUUGUCUAUGGGAACCAGCGGUCUACCAGCAAUGGGCGGUCUGUGGUACGAGGAGGAUCCAAAGGGCAUGGAAGGGCUCACAGCCAACAUUCAGUGAAACAUGUGAAGAAAGAGCCCACAGAUGACCAUUUGUACCAGGAAGCUAAUGGUGGAGAGGCUGAGCAUCUCCUUCAGUCUGUCCAUGUGCUGCACCCGAGCCAGGGUCUGGCUGUUCAGGAUCCAACACAGGCUAUGAGGACCAUCAGCGCUCCUGUUUCGUUGCCUAUGAUCCUCUCGCCUCCUGGCUCACUUCAGUCUAUGCCUCUCACCACUGUUCUGGCCAACGGGGACUCCAGCCACUCCUCCCCACCUCGGGUGAUACUCCACACUGUUCCCUCUUCCACAGCAGGUGGAAAGGACAUGCUCACUAUCCAGACAGCCUCUCUGACAGGAGGAGGAACUACCAGCCUGCAGGACGGCCUUCCCCAGCAGCUCCUGGUCACCAGCUUAGGCUCUUCCACCGUCGCAUCCUCCAUUGCCUGCACCUCUGCACCAGGAAUCAUUAGUUCUGCAGCUUCCAAUCUCAACAGUCUUCCCCGUCUGGUCACCAUCAACACCAGCUGCGGGCAGACCAUGGUGGCGCAACAACCCGGCACCGUCAUUGCCACAGUGCUCAAGUCCAGUGACCUCCCUGGGCUGCAGAUCAAAGAGGAGAUGCUGGACUCCAGCUACUUCCAGUCGAUAGUGAACGGAGAUCCCUCACUGGUGGCAAACACAUUCGACAGGGAGGAGAUGGAGCUAGGAGAAGCAGAGCUGCAUUAUAGGACCGUGAUCAUCGAUACCAGUCAAAGCCAUGUCCAGGAGGGUGGAAGUGAAACAAUAAUGAAUGGACAUUACUCCCAUAGCAGCAGCCCGAGUGAAGGCCUGACCCCUGUGGAGGAGCUGGAAGUGCGCGGGGAGAUGUCCCUGCAACCUGAGCAGGGAAUCAAAAGCCUGCAGGAGCUGCCAAUCUCAGUCCAACUGCCUGCAAACUUUAUCCACAUAAAGACAGAGCCUGCAGAGGCUUAGAGCUGCAGGACUCUCCCAAACCAGCUCAACCAAAAACAACAAACCACUCCAGUUUUUGGCUGCAGACUCCCAGGUUUUCCCUUUUCUCUCAGCGACGAUCUGAUCGGAGGGAUUUUACAUGCUCUUAAAGCUGGAUCGUUUGGGAUUGUUUACUCACAUACAUCAUGACCAUGUGCCUAAUUUUAAAAUUUUGGACUUUUUAUUUUCCCCUUGUGGAAUUCUCUUCUGUCGACACGAUUUCAAAUCCACACAGGCGCAAAGAGAAACUUCCCAUGAUAGGAGAACAGCCAUUUGAUAAACCAGUGACCCCUGUCUACCAAAUGUGCCACUUAUUAGACUUUUUUAUUCUUUAACUUGUACAUCUCAUUGGACACGUGUGUGUGUUUGCUAUGAACACGAGAAUACAAGAAACCAAAAUAAAAAAAGGGGGAGGGGGGCGGGGCGGAGAGAGAGACUGUUUUGCCAAAUGGUGCAAUGAAAUCAGACUCUUGAUAACAUGUAUUUAUAAAAACAAACAAAAAAGAAACAAUCCAAAAAAAAAAUCCUGUUCCCAUGAUUGAGUGAUGGAACGCUGUGAUGUCCAAUCCAGAGACACAAACACCACAUCUCAGAGUUUAAGUAAAGAGUGCCUUACGGGAUGCACAAGCAGCUCAGCACUCAUAUAUACGGACCAGAUACUUGUUUAUUUUCAUAUAAACAAAACAAUAUGCAUUCUCUCUGUCACUCGUAGCCUUAAAACGCUGUGUUACUACGGCAUGGGCAUUUUAUUAUCUGUCCACCAAGGACAGUCCAACAUCAUACGGGUUUGCACAGAGCUGCAGACACGGCAACACGCAAGGAGGCACAAACGGAGAGGAAAAAUAUGCAGAAUUUAAAAAUAUAUAUAUUUUAUCCUUUUACUUCUGAGGAUUAUACUAUCCACAUGGUUCAAAUCCUGUUUAUAUAAAACUAAAAAAUAGAUAUAUAGAUAUAUAUAUAUAUGAUAAUAUACAAUUGAGUUUCAGUUAAAGGCCAUAUUCAUUUUUUUAUUUAUUUUGUGAAUUUCUAAAUUCUGUGUUAAAUAUGGCAAAUAUGUCUUCUAUUUACAUGAGGGAAUGACAGAAUAUGAACAUCACACCAGGAAAAUUUUUUUUUAUUUUUUUUAUGACAAAUAUUUUUCACGUGUAAAGCAUUCCAUGUAAUCAGCUUUGGCAUUUUUACAAUUUUAAAUUGUUGAUGCAACAUUGUUAUUUCAGUCGGCAUCUUCUGAUUUAAACAUGCUGAAUUUGCUUUUGGUUUCUCCAUUUUUCAGUGGAUGUAUCUCUGUCCUUUUCUUUUACCAACACUUUAGAAAGUCUAGGCCAUCAGAAAUAUUCUUUUGAUGCAUAAACCUGUCAGUCUGCAUGUCUUUGAAAUCUUAACUCCACUGCCUUUUGUUGUUUAGUUAUUUGGUACUUGUCCUCUGUGCCUACUCUAUUUGCUGUCCCACUUUGUUAAGGCCAGCCGUACGAUUGGCCCCUCAGUCCUGGCGGGACGAAGCCGUAUUGAUCUCGGGUGGGAUCACAGCUUAAAUUGGUUGCAUUUUGUGGCAGACUGUAGCUGCAGAGCGAGGACACUCAGACACGCUGACCUCCAUCUGCUCGAGCACCUGAGGACAAACGCUGCUUUACGACCUUCGCCAAAGGCUGCUGCAUCUGCAGAGACAAUCUGAAUGUAUACUUAAUGUUUAAGUUCACAGUUACGCAAAAUUUUUGAGAAUCAAUAGCUACUCUGGGUUUUUAACUGCAUUUUUUUUUGACAGCGUGUUAGUCUCUCAUUUGGACUGAUGCUGCUUGUCUCUGUCUUUGCUCAUGCUUGUUUUGUAUAUAAUCCUGUUUAUGCUUAGCAGUGCUGUCUGUGAGAUUUUUGAGGUAUGUCCACUGUUUGUUUUGUGUUUUUGUUGCUUCUCUUGUCUUGGGUUGUCUAUGGCCUCCCUACUGCUGAAUAUAAAAUAGAUUUUUAAGAAAAAGUCUGUGUACUAAUUAAAUGAAAAUCUUCCUCACUGAA